ACGACGACGUUAGCGGUGUCCUCCCUUAAAACAAACAAAACAAAUAGGGGGUGGGGGACGCCACGCGGUUCCAUAAGACUACUUGAACAAAACUAAGACGAGAGAAUUUAAUAUAAACCGCAGCCAGACUUCUAACUGCGCUUUUUGCUGGAUUACCACCUUUUGACAGAUCAAAAAACGAGUUCCAGGCUCGGGCAGCGAGGCGGCGGCUCGCGACACGUCGCAUAUUUGAACGCGAGCGCGCGGGUUUCUCAUCAAGGUUUGCAACUCUGAUGCAAACAGACGCACCCGGUGGAGGUAACGUCAACGUCUUCGCGGGCUUCCUAUUUUCUAUGCAUUAUUUAGAGGCACCAUUUAUUAAAAAGCCAAGGCGGCACUGCACGCGCUGUGUUAGUUAAGUCAGUGGUCCAGCCUGAAGAAUAGAAUGUGGUCCAUUGUCACAUCCGGACGCACAUAAUGUGCACAAUAUAUUGUGCACUUUCCUCAGUGAGACGCACCGGUGCGCCUUAAUAAAUACCUAAUUUAGAACUGACAUCGCCGAACUUUGCAAAUCUAGCGCGUUUAAGCCGGGGCGCGCGCCUCCACGGGGGCUCUGGGAUGAAGAAGGGGUUAAGGAGGUGCAGCCUCUGCCGCCGGUGAGCUGAGCGCUGAGAUCAUCUGUGGCGGAGCGCGUGGCCAGGAGCGCGCGGACGCAUGAUCUUCGCGAGCGAGUCGGAGCAGAAAGCGGGACGCUCGUGCGGUGGCACUGAGGGGACACCCGCGCAGCGAUGGCAGAGAGUUCGCACCGCGGCAGGCCGCUGGACCAGCCAGUGAGGGACCUCUCACUCAGCCACGACUCGAAGUGAUUGAAAAAGAAAAGAAAAAAAAAACUAUUUUGAAAACAGGAGCGAGGAGGGACAACAAGCACGCGCUACCGACGCGUGCGCAAGCAAGGCAGACGCCGGGAUACCCACUUCUUCUUGCGAAGUCUUAACGCGUGGUGGACUGCAGCUUUGCCCUUGCGGGGGGGGGAGGACGGGGGGGAAGCACUGUGGUGCCCCGAUGGGUCGCUCCGCGUGAAGAGACACCGUUCGCCUUCCGACAGGCUGUGUGAAGCGCCGGAGUCCUCGAGCGGAGCGGAACGGAGCGGAGAGGCACCGGGCGCGCGGCAGGAUGCCGGUCCGCCGGGGGCACGUGGCGCCGCAGAACACCUUCCUGGACACGAUCAUCCGCAAGUUCGAGGGCCAGAGUCGCAAAUUUGUCAUUGCCAACGCACGUGCGGAGAACUGUGCCAUCAUCUUCUGCAACGACGCUUUCUGCGCCAUGUGCGGCUACACACGCUCGGAGGUCAUGCAGAAGCCAUGCACCUGCAGCUUCCUGUAUGGCCCACGAACCAAGCGGCUGGCCGUCGCGCAGAUGGCCCAGGCGCUGCUGGGCUCUGAAGAGCGCAAGGUGGAGCUCACCCUCUACAGGAAGGACGGCGCGUGCUUCCUGUGCAUGGUGGAUGUGGUGCCCGUGAAGAACGAGGAUGGCGUGGUGAUCAUGUUCAUCCUCAACUUUGAGGUCAUGACCGAGGACGGACGGCGAGACACCAGCCGAGACCUCAGCCACAAGCUGCCCAUCCCCUGGCUCUCCUCCGGUCGUUCGCGUGGGUUCAAGGUGCGACUCCCCCUCCUUCGCUCUCUGACCAAUAGCAGACAAUCUCUGCGGGACGACCCAGAAGCGGGCCGUUUGCAGGACGCUUCCCGCCUCAGCCACGAGUCCCUGGCGCUGGACGAACUCCUUUCCUUGCCGGACAAAUCUGAGCCGGGGCCGCCCUGGCCGGAGGAGGCUCGGCCCUUGCCUCUGCCCCCACCUCCUCCGCCGCCGCCGCCGCCGCCGGCCCACCGCCUGAACCCCGACGCCUCCGUAUCGCGCUGCAGCUUGUCACAGAGCCGCUCGCGGGAGAGCUUCCACAGCAUGAGGCGCGCCUCCUCCGUCGAUGACAUCGAGGCCAUGCGGCCCGAGUGGGAGCGCAAGUUCCGGCCUGGCGGCACAGGGGUGACAAACAACAGAUCCAACAUACUAAACUCUACCUCCGACUCGGACCUCAUGCGCUACCGGACCAUCAGCAAGAUCCCCCAUAUCACCCUGAACUUUGCCGACUUCAAACCGGACCCUCUCAUCGCCCUCCCGCCUGGGGAGAUGGACAUUAUUGCUCCCUGCAAGCUGAUGGACCGCACGCACCAUGUCACGGAGAAGGUCACGCAGGUGCUGUCACUUGGUGCUGAUGUCCUCCCAGAGUACAAGCUCCAGGCUCCCCGCAUCCACAAAUGGACCGUCCUUCACUACAGUCCCUUCAAGGCCGUAUGGGACUGGCUGAUCCUUCUGCUGGUGAUCUACACUGCUAUCCUCACACCCUACUCUGCCGCCUUCCUCCUCAGUGACCAGGAGGACCCGGGCAUGCAGAGCUGCGUCUACUCUUGUAGCCCGCUCAACGUGGUGGACCUCAUCGUGGACAUCAUGUUUGUCAUUGACAUCCUCAUCAAUUUCCGCACCACCUACGUAAACGCCAAUGACGAGGUGGUCAGUCACCCCUUCCGCAUUGCCGUGCACUACUUCAAGGGCUGGUUCCUCAUUGACAUGGUGGCCGCCAUCCCCUUUGAUCUUCUCAUAUACCGCAAUGGAGAAGAGACAACCACCCUGAUAGGCCUGCUCAAAACAGCCCGCCUCCUGCGCCUGGUGCGCGUGGCACGGAAGCUGGACCGCUAUUCGGAGUACGGGGCGGCAGUGCUCUUCCUGCUGAUGUGCACCUUUGCGCUCAUCGCCCAUUGGCUGGCAUGCAUCUGGUAUGCCAUCGGCAACGUGGAGCGCAAUGGCUCCAUUGGUUGGCUGCAUUCGCUAGCCGACCAGCUGGGCAAGCCCUACAACGAAUCCACUCGCGGCUCGGGCCCCUCCAUCAAGGACAAGUACGUCACAGCGCUCUACUUCACCUUCAGCAGUUUGACCAGCGUGGGCUUUGGUAACGUGUCGCCUAACACCAACUCUGAGAAGAUCUUCUCCAUCUGCGUCAUGCUCAUUGGCUCCCUGAUGUAUGCCAGCAUCUUCGGGAACGUGUCAGCUAUCAUCCAGCGCCUCUACUCCGGCACUGCCCGCUACCACACCCAGAUGCUGCGGGUGCGGGAGUUCAUCCGUUUCCACCAGAUUCCCAAUCCCCUGCGCCAGAGACUGGAGGAGUACUUCCAGCACGCCUGGUCCUACACCAACGGCAUCGAUAUGAACGCGGUCCUGAAGGGUUUCCCGGAGUGCCUGCAGGCCGACAUCUGCCUGCACCUGAACCGCACACUUCUGCAGAACUGCAAGGCCUUCAAGGGCUCCUCCAAGGGGUGCCUGCGUGCCCUGGCAAUGCGCUUCAGGACCACCCAUGCCCCUCCUGGCGAUACGCUGGUUCACGCCGGGGACGUGCUCACCGCCCUCUACUUCAUCUCCCGCGGCUCCAUUGAGAUCCUGCGUGGGGAUGUGGUGGUAGCCAUCCUGGGAAAGAAUGAUAUAUUCGGGGAGCCCAUCAACCUGUACGCACGGCCUGGGAAGUCCAACGCAGAUGUGCGGGCGCUGACCUACUGCGACCUCCACAAGAUCCAUCGCGAGGACGUGCUGGAGGUGCUGGACAUGUACCCUGAGUUCUCCGACCACUUCUGGAGCAAUCUGGAGAUCACAUUUGACCUGCGAGAUACCAAUAUGAUUCCUGGCUCUCCAAGCAGCGAUGACUCCGACUACGGCGGCUUUAAUCGGCUGCGCAGACGCAAGCUCUCCUUUCGCCGGCGGACUGAGAAAGAUGACGAAAAUGCUGGCGAGAUCAAGAAGUCCCAGAAGCCAGUUCGGCGGGGGAGGAAGCAGACCUCUAACAGCAAGGUGGAGAGCUGUAAAGCAGAGUGGGAGGGGCCUCGAAGCUCGGUGUCCUCCCGCUCCAGCGGAGACGAGGAGGAAGAGUCGGUUCUCACGUGCCCCGCACCUCCCUCCACCCUCCUCAAGCUUCCCCAAGACCAUGAGACACACCUGAACGCGAGCGACACCGCUGAGGGGGAUGGGGACCCCAAAAGCGGGAACACCUGCAACGCACUGUCAGAUGCCUUCUCGGGGGUCUCCAACAUCUUCAGCUUCUGGAGCGACAGCCGCGGGCGGCAGUACCAGGAGUUGCCGAGAUCCAGCCUAUCCUCCCCUCCCCCGCCAGGCACUCCGCUGCAGGGCACCACCCGGCGCCAGCGCUGCAACCUGGAGAACCGACUAGACCUAAUGCAGAAGCAGCUCCACAGGUUGGAGACACGCAUGUCGAGCGACAUCGGAGCCAUCAUGCAGCUGCUGCAGAGACAGAUGGUCCUGGUGCCGCCGGCCUACAGCGCGGUGACCUCACCGCCGCAGCCCCCCUGCACCCCGUCGCGCCCCCCGUCCGAGGACGGUCCGGGGCAGCCCGUCAGCCCGCCGGAGCCGGAGACCCUGGCGUCGCUCUCCCAGGCCCCGGGCUCCCGGCACCUUGGCGACUUCCCCGCCAGGUUGCGCGACUCCCUGCGGAGCGCGCCGGAGCCGCAGCCCUCGGAUUCCCCGCCUCGCGCCGGCCCCCGGUGCCCCGCGGACUUCGAAGCCCAGCGGAGGCUGUCGCUGCCGGAGCGGCGCGCGGCCCCGGACUCACGGACGCCCCAGCGGCACAGCUCGGACCCCGGCAGCUAGGGGCCACCCUCUUGCCCAGUCGCACGUCUCGCUGGGGUCUUUACUGCCGUGUGCCGGCGCCAAGGAGGAGUCAGAAUGAGACGAUGAGGGACUGCGACUCCUUCGGCCCCGCUCAGGGGCCGCCCCUGUCGUGACCAACUCGCCACGCCCCUUUCAGCUCCGGUUUUUCACAGCUGAAAGGAACAUUCUAGAAACCACAGCAAGGCAAAAACGCUGAGCACGCGAGACUCCCACCGAGCACUUGUGGUCCUCAGCUCCACGCCGCACUUCCUCCACAGGAAGUGGGCAGCCAACUGCCCCUUGCGGUGAGGAGCCUUCGAGGUCCGCGAGGCUUCCGGACUCGUUGGUGAACUGCUCUGUUAGCUGGCCUAACAACACUCGGGUUCCGCUCAGCUCUGCCCAAGACGCCCCGUCUCGCAUCCUACGCUCCUUUGAUGCUGCGAGGAGAGGGUGGUCAAGGAGGCGGGGUCAAAGCCAUGAACUACUGACGAACAUAUCACAUUCGUAACGUAGACCUUGUACACAUCGUAAAGAGAGAAGUCCUAGAACAAUAUGCAAACAGUACAUUAUUCAAAGAGCGCAUUGGUUUCAGUGUCACCAGGUACCUUGGGACUGGUCUGGGGGUCAUGAUGGGGCUCGGUGGCCUUGCCACUACAGCAGUGUGGCAUGUGGGGGAGGAGUUCAUACAGCUACACGCUGUCAGCUUUUCCAUGUUCUACAUUUCUGCUUUCAUUUCUUGGAAGACAUAAUUGAGUCCUAAGGU